UUAUGUCCAUUUGUUUAACUGUUGUAAAUAAUAUCAAGUAUAUGGUUUAUAAUGAUAACUGGAUUUUAUAUUGCAGCCUGGGACAAUCUUGCAACCAUGUAGCUGGUUUGCUUUUUCGUAUUGAAUCAGCAAACAAACUCGGACUAACAUCUUGCACCUCUGGAACUUGUGUAUGGGUUAAACCAACAGAAAAAAAAGCUUCAACCUGCCCAAAUCAAGGAUAUGAACUUUAAAAAGUCAAAGCAUGGUAAAGCUGUAUCUAGACCACUUGUUGGGAGGAAUAAAGCAGACUAUGAAGUUACGCCUCACACAACCAGAAACACUGACGAGGACAUACGGAGGACCCUUUUAACCUCCCUGAAGGAUGCUCUUCCAAAUGCUUGUGUGUUUAAAGGUAUGCAGAGUACUGAUGAUCCUUCAGAGUUGCCUAUGGAGCAGGAAGAAACAACACCUGUUAUUGUGUACAAUGCUGAAAAUUAUUACAUAGAAAACAUGAUAAAUAACCGGGUGGAUCACAUCUCCGAGGCAGAGGUUCAAGCAGUCAACAAAGCUACCUUGGGCCAGUCAUCCAACCCCUAGU